CAUCUUUAAACCCCACAAGAGGCCAGCCACAGUUGUACACCGGGAUGAAAAACACUAUCCCUACAGCGGGAUAUAAGUUCAGAUCGUGGAGAUGGUGUGAUUGUUCCCCGGUUAAGUAAACAAUGAGGAACUGCACGAGGGGACUGUGAGGAGAUGGUCACGGGACACCGCGAGAGCCUUAAACUGUUGUUACCAUAGGCAGACAACAACAAUAGACGGAAAGACAACAACAACGGACUAGCUGGCUAACUCGCUCGCUAGCAUAUUGCCAAGCUACUGCGCUGUUUUCAGAUGCUAACUGAAAGCUAGCUAACGUUAGCUACUUCAUCAGCAAAUCUGUCCGGUUGCGCUGAAAUUUGACCGGACGCUGUUUUAUAGCUGGCACUGGGUAUCCAGCUACACCUACUGGGACAGUCAGUCACUUCUCUGACACAUUUUCUAAACAAUUUUGUACAUAAAUUUCUGUUGUGGCUUUAGCUAGCUAAAAGCUAAGUCCCGACUUCUCCCCCUCCCCAGCGGCCCAGCCGGAGAUGCGUGGAAGAUGUCGGUGUCGGGGCUGAAGGCCGAACUGAAGUUUUUGGAGUCCAUUUUUGAUCCAAACCACGAACGCUUUAGGAUCAUUGACUGGAAGCCUGACGAGCUGAGCUGCCAGUUUAAUGUAACUGGGGAAAAGCUGUUAAUUAUCCACUGCAAUAUAACGGAAUCUUAUCCAUCUACGCCGCCAAUAUGGUUUGUGGACUCUGAUGACCCGAGCUUGGCGCAAGUUUUGGAGAGGUUGGAAGAUGUGAGAAAAGGCAGCACCCUGCUUUUGCAGCAGCUGAAGAAACUCAUUUGUGACCUUUGUCGGCUGUACAACCUUCCCCAACAUCCAGAUGUGGAGAUGCUGGACCAGCCCCUUCCUGCAGGCCCCGUGGGACAAGACCGAAAGCAUGGGACAGAGGAGGUCACAUCUGAAGAAGAAGAGGAGGAGGAGAUGGGAGAGGACAUAGAGGAUCUGGACCACUAUGAAAUGAAAGAGGAGGAGCCUGUAGAUGGUAAGAAAUCUGAGGAUGAUGGCAUCGAGAAGGAGAAUCUGGCCAUCCUGGAGAAGAUCCGAAAGAAUCAGAGGCAGGACCACUUAAAUGGAGCUGUGUCUGGUUCAGUGCAAGCCUCUGACCGCCUGAUGAAGGAGCUUAGAGAGAUCUACAGGUCUCAGAGUUACAAGACAGGCAUCUAUUCAGUCGAGCUUGUUAACGACAGCCUGUAUGAGUGGCACGUUAAAUUAAGGACGGUGGAUCCAGAUAGCCCCUUACACAGUGAUCUACAAGUCCUAAAGGAAAAGGAAGGAAUGGACUACAUUUUACUAAACUUCUCAUAUAAAGAUAAUUUCCCCUUUGAUCCACCGUUUGUGCGGGUGGUUUCGCCUGUGCUUUCUGGAGGUUACGUCCUUGGUGGAGGUGCCCUGUGCAUGGAGCUUCUCACCAAACAGGGUUGGAGCAGUGCCUAUUCCAUUGAGUCUGUCAUCAUGCAGAUCAAUGCUACUUUAGUCAAAGGAAAAGCCAGAGUGCAGUUUGGAGCCAAUAAAAACCAGUACAAUCUUGCCAGAGCACAGCAGUCCUACAAAUCCCUGGUUCAGAUCCACGAAAAGAACGGCUGGUACACACCCCCGAAGGAGGACGGCUAAAACAGACUCCUGCCUUUCCUGCACUGGGACCACAUGUCUUUGAUUUGUUUUUUUCCUUGCGACCAAUACUUUUUUUUUUUUUUUUUUUUAAUCCUGCAAACCAUUUUGUUCUCUAUAUGAGAGUUUGAACUCCAAACCAAAUUUCUCAUUCAGUGCCCAUCCAGAAACUACCACAUAAACACACAGCCCCACCUGAAAUUUACAUCCAAGCUCAUCGGCUACUCGCAAGGGUGUCUCCUCCUCAAUAUUUAUCUCUCUGUACAUCUGUUGGCUGAUACAAUCUCAUUUUUUUUUUCCAUUGCGACAUUCAUCCCAUACUCCAGGAAAAAUGGUGGACUAAAUAUCACGCGAGCUCACCCUUUGGUUUUUGGCGUUGAGCAUGCCAUGGUUACUUGCUGGCUGUGAGUUGAAAGGUGCAGCAUGGCUUUAUCCGCCAGCAGUGGCGGUCUGACGCUCGAGUCGCCAGACGCUGCCUCUCUGCCCACAGACUGGAUCUGAGAAUGGCAUGUGACAUUCCCUGAUACGAUACAGUGGUGGCUGUGAAGGACAUUUAAAUGCUGGUGUUGGAAGAACCACUACCUUUUCUCUCCAUGGACGGCCUCUGUAAUAUUGUGCUCAUGUAUUAUCUUUGUAAUGCCAAGAUCCCUCCUCUGGAAUAACACGCUUCUGAGGCUAGCUUGCUUUCAAACCUCUUAUCUUUUAAAGCUUGAAGCCCUGAGGUAGGGGAGGAAGAUAAAGAGACUUCUGCAGCCUGGGUGGGGACAGACAGUAAUGAAGAACAGCAUCCUGCUGAGCUCCAAAGUUGGAGACCACUGUCAUCAUCACAACCAGCAACUCCCUGCAGGAGAGGUUUGGCUUGUCGUAGGCUGGCAACACAAGAAACAUGACCAGGCAAAGCAGGGGCGUGUUUGGUUUGGAUCACACUGUAAUGUAGUUGAUUUUAACUCCACAUGUAAACAUGUAAAUUUGUAUUUCUGCAAAAGGAUUUAAUUGUUUAUAAUGUAACCUUGUCUGGGUCUUUGGCUGGGCAAAGACUGUAUUACUAUAUACCCUUGACUAUUAACAGCAGGGGCACUGCAACUUCUCAAGACCCAUUUAGAAUAAGAAAAAGUUGCUUCAUGGAUACUCUUGCUGAAGGAAACAAAAGUACACCGUGAUCUUAAGCUUAAUGACUACUGCGGUUUUGUUUUUUUUGUUUUGUUUUUUAAAUAUUGAUUUGUAAUCCUCAUGUUAUUGGCGACAUCGACAGUACCAUUCCCCCUUAUUUUAUGGCACCUCUUAACUACAAUGUCCGUAACAAUAAUGGCAUAGACACAGCUGUUUCCAGCUGCAUUCCAGAGGUUUGGCUAUUCAUAUCUAAUCACUCAAACCGGAUGAACCUCAGUAAGGCUAUGCAGUGAAGACACCGUCUCGUGGAGUUUUGUUGUACUGAAGAAAAAUUAGUCUUAACAGCUUAACAGUGUAGUUACCUGCUUAGUUCUUGUAGCUGGUUCACAUCCUGAGCACUUUGCCAAUCCUGCAGUUGUUACAGUCUGGAGAAAAAGUGACCUUUUUACCUUCUGACUUUUCCUUGACCUCAUGGCUGGUUUUUUAAACUCAGCCAGAGUUUCAAAUUCACAGCAAUAGUCUCGACCACAUACCUUCUGGCUUCACACCUGGGAAGAUCGACUGGAGUCUGUUCGAUUUCCAGAAUAUUUGUGUAGGUUUGAUAAAUAUUUGUUCAGAUUUGCCACAGGAGGGACCCAGCUCUUCCCAUUUCCACCUCUCUGGUUACUAUUCAUAACCACUCUCAGCACUGCUGUACCCCUCAGCGUGCUGGGUCUUUGAUGUAAUGUGAAUAAUAUGCAGAAAACUGUGUGGAGCAUUCCAAUUAAUGCAGUUACACGUUUGUUGUGGGUGUUCUAUUGUGUGGUUACUUGCAUUGUUUUAAGUAUAUUGUCCUGAAAACCAGCAUAGAAAGCUUAGUUAUGCUAAUUCAUACAGUCAUUCCUCAUGUUUAAGUUGAGUUAGAGUUUUCUCAGUGAUACUAACCUCAGUCACAACACCGAUAUUUUCCAAACAUGUAGAGAUGGGUUCGAAACAUGUUCAUAUUCAGCACGUCUGACGUGUUUGGACUUGCAGGAUAUGUGUAACAAGCGUCACCCUCCUUUUCUUGUCUGACCACAAGUAAAAUCCUAACAAGACUAUGGAUCAUUGGCAUGGUUGUUAGCUGUUGUGAUGCCAUUGGUAUUGUGCUAAUCACUUCAUUCUGGUCACUUUGUCAAGUCCACCCCUGCAUUCUCUGGAGAAGCAAACUCAGGAAUACAUACUGCACACUCGACUUUGCUAAGGAUUGCUUCAGAAUACCGUCAUCAAAUGCAAGAUUGAAUGUGUCGAUCUUUUUUUCCUUCCUUUUUUUAUUUUUUUGGGCCAUUUUAAAAUGACGCCCCAAGUUUUACCAAUAGGCAUCGCGGUGUGUUUUGCUGUUGAAUUGCACACACUUAGGUUUUCUGAAUACUGUUGAGGUUGAUAAAUAAUUAUUAAGCAAGUUUUUUGGAAUGAUCAGAUUUGUGGAGCCGUGAUUUGCUCCCACCCUCAGAUUAACCUGCGCUUGAUGAGGGGUUCAGAACACAUCUACCCUGUCUCUUUGAUAUUGCUGUAUUUUGCAUGUCAAUAUAUCAAUGGGUGUUUUUCCCCAAGCUACUGAAGGCAACGAGUGGUUGAGUAGGGUGGUAAAAAGACUAGAUGUAUCCGUUUUUCAUUGUUUAUUUAACUUGUGGUUUCCUACAUCAGCGCACAGGAUAAUUCCCCCCUGUGCGCCGCUUCCUGAACCGGGUCAGAUACUACGAGAGACGCAUGGACUUACAAGACAUCCUACCUGCUUGAAUUACCUUUAAAGACGCCCAACAAAAAAGUAGCAGAAAAGUAGUUCAGAUUUGUGUGCCAUCAGAACAAUUGUAAGCCCACAUCUUUAACCUGACCUUUGGAAUAAUGGUGUACUCAAGUCUGUUGUGCACUUAAUAACAGCUUCUCUCACACCAACUCCUGUUGUCUGACUAACAAAAAAAAACCCUUCUCUGCUUUGGCGAGCGACGUAUUGGUCUGAGGUCUGAAUUAGCCUGAUUCUGGGUUCUUUCCCUUGCUUCAUUAACUGCAGUGGCCGGGUUAUAAAGUUAUGCACUGUUAGCAUGCUUUGGUUUGGUUUCAUUUUUUUUCCAUUGCAAGGGUGAUUUUGACCAUGUAAAGUAAUUUGUAAACUUGCAUCAAGUUUAUAAAUAAAGAAUUUUAUGAAAUA